AAACACACAGACAACCAGGCAGAGAGAAGUGCCUUCUUUCGCUGACCCCUUUGGCUGUUUGGCUCCACUGAAGCCGCUUCUGCCUCCGUGCCUGUCCAUGUCUGCUGGAGUUGCCAGCCACACCAGAAGCCCCAGGACUGCCAGGACUGCCAACGCCAUCCACUGACACCUCCCUCCUUCUCUCCAUCUCCUGCUCUGUCCGCCAGUCAGGCCUCUCUCUCCAUCCAUGCCAUUCAGCCCUCCUCCGUGGAAGUCAACCAUUCCUUCCUCCUCUGCAGACAGACCCUGAUACCGAAGACAGAUAACUUUUAUUGGCUCCUGUGAGCGGAAGGAGAUUGUCUCUUAGCUGUCUCCUCCACCACAGCCUUCCCCUCAUCAUCCUGCCCUCCUUCUGUUCCUCUUUCUUCUCCUUCCUCCUCUCCUCCAGCCCUGCAUCUUUUCAUCAUGGGCCAACUCGAUCGAUAAUGUGUUUUGCCGUUUGUCUCAUCUGACAGUUCAGCCUAGGAGCGAGGCGAUAGAGAGCGAACUGCCGUGUGUGUUUGUUUGAAAGAGAAGGGACGAAAGAGAGAGAUUACAGAGCAAACCUCUGUGGUCGUCAUCAGCCCAGGCCCUGGGUGACAGGCGGUGAACGAUUCCUAUUACAGCCACAAACAGACUCUUAGGAUGGGCCGCAGGUGGUAGCCGAGUCCCAGGCCUCACAGGCUUCAUCUCAGAAUCAGACCCUGGUGACAAAACCUCUUAAAACUGGCCUUUUCCCAUGUCCUUUAAUUGUUUCUCAUCAUUCAGACGCACACAUAAUAGCAGCUGCUGGAUACCUAUUCCUCUCAAUCGACCCCUCCUGCCUGGUUCAAAAUGGCGGUGAAUGUAACACCGAUCCGGGACACAAAGUGGCUGACAUUGGAGGUUUGUCGGGAAUUCCAGAGAGGAACAUGUUCACGACCGGACAGUGAGUGCAAGUUCGCACACCCUGCCAAGAGCUGUCAAGUGGAAAACGGCAGAGUCAUUGCCUGUUUUGACUCACUCAAGGGCCGCUGUUCCAGGGAGAACUGUAAGUACCUGCAUCCUCCUCCCCACCUAAAGACCCAGCU